GGCUGCAAUGGGCGCGUGCGCGCGAGGUCUAAAGCGCGGCGCGGCCGCGCGCGCCGGGCUCGGCUCGGCUCCCGGUGAAGAUGGCGCGGCUGCUGGAGAAGCUGGCGGCCGAGGACUGUCCCAGGUUCAUUCACAGGGUAAUUGAUGGUAUUUGUGGACGAUCAUUUCCACGGUUUCGGGAUUAUGGAAGUGUUUGGAGUCUUGUAGAGUGGAUGGAGGUCCUAGAUGAGGCCACAGCAUUCGUAAAACAUGCCUGCAGCAAACAUUUGUCAGAUGAAGAGGUUCAACAACUACUGGAUGGACUGAGUGCAUCCCAUCAAGAAGCAAUACUUAGAUGUUUAAAAGCGAGAAAGGAUGAGCUCAGACGGGCAUUAAUCGAGAAAACCAAUAGCGUGUCUUCUGCUCAGCUACAGGAUUUUGAUUGGCAACUGAAGUUACCUCUUUCAAGUGACAAGAUUGCUUUUCUUCAAACACCACUGCUGAACCUUGACCUCAAUGUCAAGGAAAAUGGAGUACUAAAACCUGUCACCAUUGAGAUGGACAAAGAAGAGCUGCAAACACUAAUUCACUCACUGGAGGCAGCAAAUAAGGUUGUCCUACAAAUAAAAUGACUGAACAUGGCCAUCAGCAUCUAUUCCCAUGGAGACUGAGAACUACUUUGAACUUUGCACUGAUAAUGAAAUGAAAGAAGAUCAAAUUCAUGAACAAGAAAUUAUCAAGCCUGGAGAACUUCCAAUAUCUUGACGAAUACCUGCUUUGUUUUUUUAAAGCACUUGUUAACUUUCUGAAACUCAAAGUAUGUUGGUCUUGGCCAGUAUUGGUUCAAUAAUUGGCCACAACAAUAGCAAUGUACAGUAAAACUAUAUUUGCAACUAAAGUUUGUGCUUUGUUUCCUGACUGAGCUGCAGCUGUUUUAUAUAUUCUUUACCUAACUCAAGAAGGCCUCUAGAAGAAGGUAUAACUAAGAAGAAAAAUACAUCUAAGGUUGUUGUCUUAGAUUUCACUCAUAGUUCAGAAGAGGGAUUUGACAUCUGGUCUGAUGGAAAACUGGAUCUUCAGCACUUGAAUGUGUUAUCUAGCAACCAUGUCAUUUAACAUAGUCCUCAGUUGAUUGUCAAGUGAUUAGCUUUUGAGCUGGGAAAGAAAAUAUGUGAAAACAGGGCAAAGCAUCCAGAAAAGCUGCAUUAUAUGCACAUUCAGUAUUCCAUUUUAUAAGAUAUUUUACCUACUUCUCACCUAUGUACUUUCAGUCAUUUGUUUCAUUAAUAUUGUUAUGGGUGUUUGUAAAUUCCUUUAAAUAUUCUGACCUAACUUUGAAAUAAUGGCUCAGAUUUUGCUAGUAAAUGUUGGCAGAAUUUGAUCUUUCUGGGAUUAUCUCAGGUCCUGUGUCAAGUUAGGCGUGAUGUAGGGUCCAUGACCCUGGCAGUUGUGGAGAAGAAAGCCAAAGACAAGAUGUUAAAUAUUUUGUUAAAUGUUUUUAAUUUUAAGGACUUGGUAAUAUUUUAUAAAUUUUUUAAAUGUAACCAUUUGUUUCAUUCCUAUAGUUUUUAAAUUGCUUUUCUAGCUGUCAAAACUUUGAGGGGUGGGGCUUCAGUACAUUAUUUAAGGCCUUGUUGUUCUUCAAGCCCUGCCUCAGGAGGCCAGGGCACUUCAGAAAGGUUGGUCUUUCAGAUUGGGUAAAUUCAGGUGUGGGACGACUGGAAGGUGAUUCUUGGCAGUGGCCUAAGUGCCAAUUAGAAUUGGUCCAUUGCAAUUGGAGCCUUGAACACUACUGCCACCCAGAGGUUACUGAAAGAGAUGGUUUAUGCCCUGAGUCUGAGAAACCAUGGUAACCCUGAUCUUUGUGCAGACAAUUAGGAAAUACAGGAAUCUUCAGGAAAUCAGUGGCUAUAGAUAUUUUAAAAUCUGGUUUGAAUUUCCCACAAUUCAACGGUACUCAAAUUUUUUGGAGAUUGAAAACACUAAACGAUAUAGUUUUGCUUUGUGUUUAAAAGAUGCUCUUAAUUGAGGAAUCCCAUUUUGAUGCUCUCCCUGAUGUUGCCUCUGUUGCUUGCUCUUGAUGUCUAUUCAGUUCAUCAAAGCUCAAUCUUCAGCUGCUGUCCUGCAAGAACCCCGGUGCCCUUUUAAACAAAUGAGAAGCUGCUGAAUUUUGAUGGGUAUGCAAAUCUAUACAAAUAUUUUCACUUGUCUUAUAUGAAUAUCAAAUAAGUGAGGGCUUUGAAAAGAAAAUGGUGACGUAGAUGAUAAAUCUUGUAGAAAGAGGAAUACAUUGUUGGAAUCCUAUUGUCUUUAAUUGGGAACUAUUUACAGGAUAAAACCAUGACUUGAGAGUAUCCUAACAUUUCAGUAAACUUGGAUCUUUUCAUAAGGCAUAUGUUCACAUCUGGGUGUAUUAAUAAUAAAAUUGGUUUAGAAGAUUAAAUAAAGAAGCUGUUUCUAGCUUGUUAGUAUUUCAAAUCUUAUUUUCUCUUUCUAAGGGCAAAUGGGAAAUUUUACAUGCUAGGAUUUGCCAGUAUCCUGGUGGGCAGCAUUGCUCUUUCACUGCCUUUGUUCACAGUUAUGCCCUUCUGAUUAAAUAAUGCCACUGAAGUAUUGACAGUUCCUAAAUUCCAAAGAAAAGAUUUAUUUUGGGUGAACUAUCCUAUAAGCCAGAACUCAGUUCUUGUAUAAGAGGUAAAAACAGGAAAUGCUGGAAAGACUCUGCAGGUCAGGCAACAUCGAUGGGGAGAGAAACACAAGUUAAAGUUUCAGCUUGCAGUCUCAUGUAUAAGAGACUUGCCACCUUAUAAUUGUUUCCUAUGCUGUCCAGAGAAGACACAUAUGGAUAUUUUUAACUUGACGUGGUUCUAUUCAUCCAAACAGAGUAUCCUGUAUACCACAGUCUAAAUUUUGCCUUUUCCAUUGGUUCCGGUCUGAAAAUGGUUGAACUUGUGUAUAUAUUUUGAGAAUUGAGCAUUGCACAGCAAUCCCAUGUUCACACUUCUAGUGUUUGUCAUCCUGUUCAAUAAAGAUUUUAAAAGAAAAUGAAAGCAUGACAUGUUUUAAAUAUCAUUGGAAUAUUUUAAUACCAUUUUAAAAUUUUUAUCUCAAUGUUUGAUACAGUGAUCUUAACAUCAAAAGCAAACCUGUCUAGUGAGUUUUCUACAUGAUAGGGGCCAGGCAGCCUUGGAAAUUUUGCUUAUCAAACUAUGUACCUGCUAACUCAAGAGGUUGGGAAUUAAACCUGGAACAAACCAAAUAUUAUUAUGUAAUUUGUUUUGGUGAUAUUAACAUUUUGGGUUUAAUAUAAUUUCAAUUAAUUUGCGAUGGUAUGAUGCUAAAAGGGACAAAAGUAUCUUCAUUUUUUUUCAACAGAAGCUGUAAAUCAGAAUUCUAGCACUGAAAAGAUUUGUGGUAACUUAUCUAAGUGUAAAAAAAAAUUCCAUGAAGAAAAGGUGAUUGAUUUGGACAAGAGCUAGCUUACUGAAUAAUUCUAUUUCUUGUAAUAAAUUCUGUGCCCAGUUAGCUGCUGCGAUAUUGAAAGUGGCAGAAACUGGAUGAAAAGACACACAAAAUUGCUUGGGUUAUCUGUGCCGGCAUUGCAUUUAUAAUUUUAACUUGCUCUAUAGUGCAGGCAGCAAAUAUACUUGGUCAGUGGCAAUUCAGAUUAAAACGGUUGCUCUUUUGUAUGUUUUAAUGGAAGAACAGAGUCAGUGUUGAUGCACAUGUAAAACUGUAGUUGGAGCCUUCAAAAUAAAGAGUAUUGUUGGUAAA